AUGACCUACUUCUGUACAUCACAUCUAAGGAUCUCCAAUCCUCCCUCCGUCUCCUGGAAAAAAACUAUUUUGGAUUUGACACCUUGGCUCGCAGAAGUGGGCCUGUCCAUAUCCCCGGGAAAGUCCCAGCUGACUAUCUUCACAAGAUCAAAUGAGAAUUUCGAAAAUUGUUUUAUUGAAAUCGAAAAUUCCACGGUCACAGCACAAUCUGAAUUGACUUACUUGGGUAUAAUUCUGGACAGAAAACUCGGUUGGCAGAAACACGUAAGGGAAAUUUCGCAGAAGGCGACCAAAACGCUUAAUGUAAUCAAAUCAAUGUCUAGGAUCUCUUGGGGGGCGAGCCCGUCAUCACUGCUCACCGUAUUCAAGGGGUUAACUCGCUCACAUCUUGAAUGGGGUAGCCAGUUCUUUGCCGAGUCGGCCCAGAAUGGUCUGAGGUCUUUAGAUCGGAUCCAAAAUCAGGCCUUGCGAACUAUUCUCGGUUGCAUGAGGUCAACACCGAUUGGAAUACUCCUUUCUGAGGCUAAUAUCCCACCACUAUCUUUGCGAAGAUCUCUUAUCAACAGGCGUCAUAUGAUCCGCAAUCUGUCCUGGACUUUAAAUCCACUCUUCACAAAAUUACAAUGUUUACAAAAUAGAAUCAACCUGAACAACCAAAAUUCUAAUCCCUCUCCAAUAAUUCGAUUGCCUCUGUUGACGGCGUUUGGGGAUGUAUCCCAGAUUAUGAGUAGGUGCGGCAGGAUCAAAAAGCCCUCCCUCCGAUUUGAAAUGACCUGGAACGAUCUCAUUAGAGAUGUUGAUGUCGACCUCCAGAUUGGUCUGGAGAUCAAAUCACAUGUCUCGCCGGCACAGGCCUUUUCUGAAUUGCUUCUGGCCAAGUACGAGGAUUUCACUGACAUUUAUACCGAUGGAUCACAUGAUCCAGUUAAGAGCACUUCGGGUGCUAGCUUUGUCAUUCCAAAACUAAAUAUAAAUUUCAGUGUUCGUUUGAGCGGUCUCAUGCUGAUAGAUACAUGCGAGCUUUAUGCUAUCCUCUCAGCCGUUAAGGAGGCUGUCCAACAGAACCUGGACAAUAUACUGAUUAUUUCUGACUCACAGAAUGCCCUCAAUGAAAUUAAAUAUCGUUUCAUUAACCCCUCGCUACACCCUUUACUAAAGAGAAUCAUGAAGGAGAUCAAUGCCCUUCUGGAUAGAGGCAGUUUAGUCUCGUUCAUUUGGAUCCCCUCUCACUCGGGUAUCCGGGGCAACGAACUUGCUGAUGGUUGGGCUCGUAAUGCCCUAUCCCUCCCCUUUGGUAAUCUUCAGGGUGGCCCUCCUGGCGAUCUUCUUCGGCUGAUUGGCAGGGAUUAUGAACAUUGGCUGAAUCUCACAUGGCCCUAUUCCUUCUCCACUCCUCUAACAAAUAAAUACUUUAAUCACAUCACAGUUAAAACAAAAAGGCCUUGGUUCCGGGGUGUCGAGACAUCAAGGAGAAAUAUCAAUACUAUAACUCGACUACGUACUUCGCACAUCUGCACGGGAGAGCACUUCGCCCGAAUGGGAUGGACCUUACCUCUGGAGUGCCCUUGUGGCAAUGACUUUAAAUCGUUAAUUCAUUUAUUUAAAAACUGUCCUUUGCUCUCUGCUCAGAGGCCAGCCCUCUAG